AUGGCUGACUACGAACUUAACCCAUACUCUAGUGGAAGGGAUGACGGAUUGAUUGGGUACAACACUUUCUACACCAGAGAUGGAGAUGACAUUUGUUGGAACGAGCGUGUUGUUUAUAUUGAUGUGCCAAAUUCACGACUAGAAUGUAGUUGUAUGUUGUUCAAAUCCAUGGGAAUAGUAUGUCUCCACAUGCUGAAAGUGAUGGCCAUGCUUGGAGAUUUUGGCAAUGAAGCCAUGAAAACUUUGCCAGACCAUUACAUAUUGAAGCGAUGGACCAUAGAUGCAAAGAAGAAAGAGGUUGUCGAGUCCUCAACAAGUGUCGUCGAUGACGAGGGAGCAGGUAACGUCACAAGUAACAUCAAAACUCUGAGAUAUAGAGAGACAACUACCUUGUUGAAUAAGCUUGCGACAAAGCUUUAUGUUGUCGGCGAUGACCUUUAUGAAAAGUGGUUGAAAGCACUAUCUAAAAUGUGCAAGUCAGCAGACCAUGCCUUGUCGAGAUCCAUAACAAGUGAAAAUGGUAAGCUUUUUGAUAUUAUUUCGCAUUGUUAA